GCAGCUCUGCUCAGUGUCCUGCCUGUUGACAACCCCAGGCAGGAGUCAUGGGAUCUUUGGAUGGGGGAUAAGAUGAGGCCUCCAUUUGUCUCUUACCCUAAACCCUCAUAGGUGGCCAUUAAAAUCUCCAAGACUCUGCCUUUUUGUAACUCAAGAAGGCAGCUGAGGUGGUUUAGAUGAGGACAUCCCUGUGGGUGUCCAGGAGGUCGUUGAACUGGAAGACUAGAGUACAGUAAUUAAUGGUCAUUGGUGUGAACACUGAAGUCACCCAUGGACAUGGAAGGAUCUAGAAGGCCUAGAAGGUAUAUUAAUCCAUCUAAUCUUUACAACCACCUGGUGAAGCAGACCCCAGGAUGAUCCUUUUUAGAAAGGGUCCUUUUUUAGACGAGAAAGUCGUCAGAGAGAGGAUCAGCACCUUGCCUAUGGUUACAAGAUUGGUAAGAGCAGAGAGUCCCGUGGUCCAAGUGUGGCUGGCCCAGCCAACAGGGGAGCUCUCCAAUCUCACGGUUCCUCCCCAGGGCAAGCCCUCCGCAACGCCAAAGCCCUGAAGACUGACAGCUGUUGGAGCGUCCACCUUCUUCAGCUGGCUCACAGCCUGCUGGUCGUCAUGGCUGCUGGGAAGGGUGCUCUGCAGAGCUCUUCAGCUGAAAACACAUGGAGGCUUAGUGAAGCUGACCAGGGCUGGAGCUGCAAGCCAGUGCUGCUGGAAAAAAUGAACAACCUGGGCUCUGAGGCUGCCAUAGGUGGUGGUGGCCGGGAGGAGACCUCUGCUGAGGUGACACUGUCAGCAACCCCAGGAAAACUCAGACUGGGAAAGCCAAUGGCCCAGAAGGUGUGCUGGGAACAGGGGCAGAGUGCUUUCACAGAGGUGCCUCGACUCAAGAAGAGGCUGGAGGGUGUGCAGGCCAAGGAGAGGGAGUAUGAUAACCCCACAGGCCAGCCUGGUCCCCAGAAGCUGACCCAGGACACCCCCAGGGACCUGGCUGACAGCAAGACCUCUGUGUGGCCCAGUGGAGCCCGAGGGGAGCAGAAAAGCGCCUUCAGCAAACCAGCCAGGUGUCCAGCAGGGAGACCUGGGCCAACCUCCGUCUUCCAGACACGUGGACCUGCAGAUGCCCUUGGGGAGCUGUUGGGACUCAGCAACACAGUAGACGUCCCUUGUUGGGAUCAGCUUUCGAAUUCUAAGUUUUUGGUGGGUGAUUUCUGGAACCUGCAGACGUUGCCACAAAAUGCUCCUCUCUGCAGUGCUUUCCUGGGGGCCCCCGCACUGUGGCUAAAGCAUGCCGCAGCCCAGAUGUCCACACCGUCAUCAUCCUCUCCCACUGCCACUUGGGCCCUGCUGCCACCUACAUUCACCUCCCUGGGCCUGUCCACCCAGAACUGGUGUGCAAAAUGCAACCUCUCCUUUCGCCUGACCUCCGACCUGGUCUUCCACAUGCGGUCCCACCACAAAAAGGAACAUGUGGGGCCUGACUUACAUUCUAAGAAGCUGAGAGAAGAGGCCCUCACGUGUCCCAUUUGCCAUGAGUAUUUCCGGGAGCGCCACCACCUCUCCAGGCACAUGACUUCUCACAGUUAGCAGGUGGCUGUGGAACAGACCUGUAGAUGCUUCUAGCAUUUGGCGGUGGGGCGGAGAUGGCUCACUGGUGCUUCCUUUGAAAAGGCUCGUCAUCGUUGUCUGCAGGGCUGUCUGCAUUGGAGUUGAUAGAUGAACUUGGUCAUCAUUUGAAAAAGACGGUCCUUGGCUCUGAUGUAUUUUGAUGGAAAUAAAGUCAUGAAAUAAAAUGA